AUGGACAGAGGAGACUGUGACAAACACUCACCGAAAACUUGCCGGAACUUCGUCGAGCUAUCACGGAGAGGUUACUACGACAACGUUCUCUGUCACAGAAUCAUCAAGGAUUUCAUUGUGCAAGGUGGAGAUCCUACUGGAACUGGAAGAGGUGGCCAAUCCAUUUUAUCAGUCACUCAGCUUCAAGCCCAUCAUGGACAGAGGCUCUAUGGCUUUGUCACUGGUUCCGAGAUUCAGCCCUCUGAGACUCUCAUGGCUCCAACAAUCUCUGACGUUUCUACCCCCAUUCCAAACCCCGACCAUCCGCUUUGGUUCCAAAAAGACCAAGUUGUCCAAGCGUGGCUUCUUGGUUCCCUCUCCGACUCCAUUCAACACUUGGUUAUGCACUGCUCAACAGCCAAGGAGAUCUGGAGCACCAUCGAAGAGCACUUCAACAAACCCACAAACUCCAGGUUGUUUGAGCUUCAACACAAGAUGCAGACGGUCUAA